GCAGCACGGAGCUCUUGGCCGACAUGCUGUGCACCGCCGCCGCCCGGGGCCGGGUCGAGUUGGUGCAGGCGCUGCUCGAGGCCGGGACCUCACCCAACGCGCUGAACCGUCUCGGUCGGAGCCCGAUUCAGGUCAUGAUGAUGGGCAGCGUCCGCGUGGCCGAGUUGCUGCUGCUCCACGGCGCCGACCCCAACCGCGCCGACCCCGUCACCCUCACCCGACCCGUGCACGACGCGGCCGGGGAGGGCUUCCUGGACACGCUGGUGGCGCUGCACCGGGCCGGGGCGCGGCUGGACGUGCGCGACGCCUGGGGCCGCCUUCCCGUGGACCUGGCUGAGGAGCGGGGCCACCGCGAGGUGGCCCGGUACCUGCGCGCGGCCACAGGAGGCACAGAGGGCGGUGGCCACGCUGGUACCGACCCCGCGGAAGGCCCCGCAGACGUUAAGUGAUUUUAAACAAUCAUUGAUAUCCGGAGACACUUCGACACAUUUGGAUCUUCAAUCGUCGAAGUUUGAAGAUAAGAACUAUCCCGCCCCACCCAGUUGUUCCUUGCUAGCUUAGUUCCAAUUUAUCAAAUAGAGCUUUUUAAAAUACUUUUUUAAAAAAUGCUUUUUAAAAAAAUGCUUUUUUUGUAUGCUGCUUCUUCGCAUGGAUUCUUCC